ACUUCUUCUUCCGUUUAUUGCAAACAAGCCGCCGCCGCUGCCGCUGGAAAUGUAAAACGCUUCACUUCCUGCGCUGAUGGAAUGUUGUUGUUUUUUCUCCAGGGGUGAGACCUACUUGACGCCAGGUGUCCAGAAAGGAAGACAAAACCUUGUCGAGCUGAUGGUGCUCUUUCUCUUCGAUAGGAAAGUGACCUGGCCUCUGAUAAGUGGAUGCAAAUGAUCACACUUUGAAGGUCCCUCUGACUUAAAACUGCAGUAUGGAGCCACAAUAAUGAGGAACUUACGUGAAGGAAUAGGAGCAGGUGGUUGUUUCCCUGAUGACUGUAGAGCAGCACUGAACCCUGCACAUUCAAAACAACUGUGCCACCCUGAAAUAAAAGCCACAGAAGGAGAAACGCACGCACGUGCGCUGGAAUCCAAGUUAGAAACCCCAAAACAACAAGUUGUUACCUCUGAUUUCCACACGACGUAAGCGUGAGAGCUGGACGGCUGCGCUUUCUUCUGGAGCCACCUCCGCGGAGAGAACAGCGUGCCGGUGCUCCCGGACGGCGUUGCCCCGGGCCCCCUCACCAGAAACGGUCCUUGAUGUCUUGAUUUCUAAAGAUGAACUUGGAAGAAGGAUCCCAAAGUUCCUGAUUCACUUCGACGGUUGGAACAGGAGCUGGGAUCGUUGGGCUGCAGAGGAUCAUGUCCUAAGGGACUCUGAGGAAAACCGUAAAUUGCAACAUAAACUGGCACGCAAAGCUCUAGGUCGCAUGAAGAGAAAGGGAGGAUGGGCCAAGAGGCGGCGUCGUCAGUCUGGUACUAAAUCGUCUCUGAAGCCUCUGCCCAAGGAGGACGACAGCGAUGACGCAUGUUUGAUUUCAUCUUCGGGGAGCAGUGACGGGGACGACUCUGACCCUGAUUCUUCGAAUAGCGGGGAAAGCACCUUCUCUGAGGAUAUCAACAAAAUGAGGGUUGAGCCCGACAUUAAUGUCAAAAGGGAAUGUGAAGAGAAGAUCGUCCACGUUGACAUCAGCAUCCCCGAUGCUCUGAAGAAGAAACUGGAGGAUGACUGCUUUUACAUCAACAAGAGAAAGAAGCUGGUCAUGGUUCCCUGUCAGACGAAUGUCGUGCACAUCCUCGAGUCCUACGUCAAGCACUUUGCCAUCAACAAAGCCUUCAUGGCCAACGAGAGGUACCGGCGUCAGCAGACCACCACACAGAGCAGCAGCCCACAGCCAGUCCCUCCAGAAAAGAGUGAGGAGCUGUGUAAGGAGAUGGUCGACGGCCUGAGGAUCACGUUUGACUUCACCUUACCCAUGAUCCUCCUCUACCCCUGUGAACAAGCCCAGUUCAAGAAGGUCAGCUCCUCCAGGCUUUUCCUGGCCGUCAACGAAAGCUCCCCCUGCUCCAGCAACGCCCAACGGGACCGCAGCCCGAGCCCGUUGGGGCACAACCCACCCACCCCGCAGUCCACGGACAGCCAGCCUGCACUGAGCGACAUCUCCGUCACCACGCCCACCGCCACAGCCCCUACCCCGAAGCGCCGGCGUCACCCUGACAUGGACUGUAUCUCAUUCCAGUCCCAGUCACUCAGGCGCUCCACCAGGAACACGUCUGGAGGCGACCGGCCCGCUGAAGGAAGCAGUGGAGGUGGAGGCAGUGCGACGGCCUCCCCGCAGCUCAAGCGCCGUUUGGUCGACACCACAUCCCAGCCCAAGUUCUUCCUCAACCUCGACAGAAAAACCCCAGUGCACAGUGGCUCAUCUUCCCCGUUGCCCUUGACGCCAAGCAAAGAGCGAAGUGGGCCCUUCUACGGCCUCGAGAGCCGGAGAAACAAUGAGCUUAAUGAGGUCCUAAGUUGGAAGCUGACUCCUGAUAACUACCCUCUGCAUGACCAGCCUCCGCCACCCUCCUACCUGUACGGAGCACAGCACCUCUUGCGGCUUUUCGUGAAGCUUCCGGAGAUCCUAGGAAAAAUGCAGAUCCCAGAGAGGAACCUCCGAGCCCUGGUCAAGCAUGUGGAACUCUUUCUCAGGUUUCUGGCAGAGUUCCACGAGGACUUUUUCCCCGAGUCGGCGUACGUGUCGGCGUCCGAGGCCCACUACAGCAUGAAGCAGCCGAGGCCGAUUUAUUGAAGGAGACGCCGGCCGUUGUGUUUUCUCUGUUACCUCAGUGUCGUCUGCCCAUUUGUUACCCGGCCUACAUGCUAAUAUACUGACUCUUUUGAGGAAAAGAAAUCGGGAAUGUUGUUUUUCCUGUGGCCGUCUCUCACCUUCCAGUGUCCCCUGAGAGAUUCUCUUAGUUCUUGGUACGUUUUGCUUCUCAUGUUGUCCUGUGCAUGCCUGAUAAGUGUCUCUUUGUUUCCUUUGUGCCUGUUCUAGCAAACAGGAUGGUGAAAAAGACAAUAUCCUGUGCAUAUAGCAGUGUUAUAUAAUGAAGGUGAUCUUUAUUAACAUGGUGAUCUUAUUACACAGUUCAAGACCUGAUGCAAAAAAUAAACUAGAGAGAUUAGACAGUCUCUUGGACAGGUCAAAACUAAUUGAGCAUACAUUUAUGUGCAACGUAACGACCGAUGCCAUUUGCAAUUUUUUUUCUUUCUUUUGGAAUAAUCAUUUCAACAAAUGCUAGGAAUUACUUGCAACAAAAGCCACCGUCACGACAUGUAAAUACACCGUUGAUCAGUAUGUUAUUUAUUUUUUCUUUACACACCACUGGAUCACCCCGGUUCCCGUUUGUUGAAUUGGUUGCGCAGUAUGUGACGUGUCACACACAUUACUGUGUGCGACACGACGGUUGUAUGUUUCCCGUGGAACGUGUCGACUUUUCUAUUCUGUUUACUCACAGUGAUGUCUGUUUGAAUAAAAGCGCCCAUCUUCUUCAAACAUAUA